GCGCGUCCUUCCAAAAACAAAAUGAUGUCUGCUAUAGAGACUGGUACCCCUGUGUACCGACCUGCGCAGCUGCUCAACUGGUUCUAUAUGUCUUUGCAAGACACUCAGGGCAGCGCUUUUGACGUGUGCACAGCCGAGUCGGACACUUCGCCUCAGGACAUGAACAACUCCAAGCGCAGAGCAGCUGACCUGAGCUCCAGCCAUCUCAACAACUUCUUCCAUCUGAGGACUGAGGCCUUGAACAACAAUUUCCCCAAGAGCUCCUCGCCCUAUGGGUCACUCAACAAUAUUGUGGAUGGCCUGAGCUCUCUGGCUGGCCAUUUCUCGGACCUCUCCCUGUCCCCAGAGACACGCAAAUCUAGCAAAAGGCCGCCACCCAACUACUUGUGCCACCUAUGUUUCAACAAAGGACACUACAUCAAAGACUGCCCUCAGGCUCGACCUAAAGGUGAAGGCCUGACCCCGUACCAGGGAAAGAAGAGAUGUUUUGGUGAAUACAAAUGCCCUAAAUGUAAGAGGAAAUGGAUGAGCGGGAACUCCUGGGCCAACAUGGGACAAGAAUGUAUCAAGUGCCACAUCAACGUUUACCCUCAUAAGCAGCGCCCUCUGGAGAAACCGGAUGGGUUGGAUGUGUCAGACCAGAGCAAGGAGCAUCCGCAGCACCUGUGUGAAAAAUGCAAAGUCCUCGGCUACUACUGCCGCCGCGUGCAAUAACACACUCUACUCGCCUUCCUUCAAAGUUCUAUCAAAAAGGGAUGGUUAUAUUUUAAAUACUAAACCUACAAGAUAAUAUACUUUGUUGUACUGUAAUAUAUCUAAUGGUUUACUCUUUUGAAAUAUUCUGUCUGACACUGACUCAGUGUAAGAAGCUCAUUGUGGUGGAACAUUCCUACACUGCCUCUCAGUGGAGACAUGUACUUUGCUUUUGCUGGGUUCUUGUGAGUUACUCAGUUUCAUCGUGUGAAUAUUCAUUUGAAGUCUCAACUAUGAACCAAGAAUCUUGCCAACUGUGAAUUAAGAAACUUUAGGUCUGUCUGUCUUCACUCAUGUCCAACAUGUUGGAACAAAAUUCAUGAGUGAAGUUUAGUUUUACAUGUUUGUAUAUUCCAGAAGUAACCUGAAUGUCUUCUGUAUAAAUUAUGCAGCAAGUCUUUACUAAAAGGGAUGUGCAGUAUUAAUGUGUAUCUGCAUUAUUAUAUAUGCAUUAUCAGUACUGGAGGGUACAUAAUUUUUGUAUAUAUUUCUAAGCCAUUACUUUUAUUGAUUGUUAUACGUUGUGAAGGAACACAUUGUAUUAGCCAACUAACUUUUAUUCUUUAUACACUAUGUGCCAAUAACAAACACCUUUCAGGUAGUUUGUCAUUCCAAAGCUGUUAUAAACCAAUGCAAUACAGUAGAAACAUUUUACUGACAAAGAGAAUGAAUUACCAAGCAGUCACAUUUUGGCACACAGUGCUAAGACUCACUGGGUCAUGGGUUAUAAUGUGUCAUAUGCAACAUGCAAGUCUAAGGUUGCAUGUGAAUGCUUUAGAGGGUCUUUGUAUUUCAGUGAAAUUGUGAUAAAUGGAAACUGGAACAGAAAUAACCUAUGACUUUACUUUUUAACAAGUGUGAAUUGCCACUUAAUGUGCCUUAGUU